UAUAGAUCGUUGAGUGCCGGUGCAACGGUGUAUUUAUUCGGUGAAAAUGAGUUCGGAGUCGCAGGAAAACUUGUUGGAGAAGAUUGAGGAGAGUUACGGUACUGAAUCGAUGCGUAAAGAUCCAGUGGAGAGACCGCUCUCUGAAAUUGAGAAGGCUUUUCUGCUCUACGCGGAAAGAGGUGAUUGUGCAACGGUGAAAAGAAUUAUCGAUCAGUACAAAACUCGUCCUGAAGAGUUUGAUAUAAACUGUGUCGAUCCGCUUACCAGAUCUGCUCUUAUAUCUGCGAUAGAAAAUGAGAAUAUCGAGUUGAUUAAAUUGCUUUUGCAGGAAGGAAUCCAAGUCAAAGAUGCCUUGCUACAUGCGAUUAAAGAAGAAUACGUUGAAGGUGUUGAAGUACUGUUGAAUUGGGAGGAAAAAUGCCAUAAAGAGGAUGAACCUUAUAGCUGGGAACGAGUUGACAAGUCUGGAGCAUCGUUUACAACUGAUAUUACACCACUUAUUUUGGCCGCUCAUAAAAAUAAUUAUGAAAUAAUCAAGCUUCUGUUAGACAGGGGUGCGACAUUGCCGAUGCCUCAUGAUGUCCGAUGUGGUUGUGAUGACUGUGUAUUCUCAACUAAAACAGAUUCACUGAGGCAUUCUCAAUCCAGAAUAAACGCCUAUAGAGCUUUAUCAUCUCCAUCAUUAAUAUCUUUAUCGUCCAGCGAUCCAUUGUUAACUGCUUUCGAGUUAUCAUGGGAUUUGAGAAGAUUGAGCCGAAUGGAGAAUGAAUUUAGAUCAGAUUACGACGAAAUGAGAGCACAAGUACAAAACUUCGCUACAUCCUUGUUGGACUACGUGAGAACAUCUCAAGAACUGGAAAUAAUAUUAAAUUAUAAUCCACAGGGUGAAGUAUGGUCUAUCGGCGAAAGACAAACAUUGGAAAGACUGAAAUUGGCUAUAAAAUAUAAACAGAAAAAGUUUAUAGCUCAUCCGAACGUUCAGCAACUGUUAGCAUCGAUUUGGUACGAAGGAUUGCCAGGAUUCAGGAGAAAAAGCUUAGUGGGACAAUCCAUCCAAGUAGCCAAACUUGGAAUGAUGUUUCCAGCUUAUUGUGGGGCCUACAUGAUGGCUCCAAACUCAACGAUGGGUCAAUUCCUGAAGAAACCAUUUGUAAAAUUUAUUAUACACUCUGCGUCGUACGGAUUCUUUCUAUCUCUUUUAGGAGCAGCAUCUCAGAGGGUGGAAAUAGUAGUUCUAGAGUUUUUUGGCUCUCAAUGGAUGCAGGAUAUUAUAGAUGAAUGGGAGAGAAAGGAAAGGGGAGCUUUAUUUGGUUUGGCUGAAUGCGGAGUCAUUCUGUAUGUAGUAAGUUUAAUAUGGGCAGAAAUUAAAUCCCUAUGGAAUGACGGCCUUAUGGAAUAUAUAUCAGACUUAUGGAACAUAGUUGAUUUUAUUACAAAUAUGAUGUACGUUUUUUGGCUGGUUCUACGCCUAACAUCUUGGUACAUAUGUUGGAGGGAUGAUUCUUUGGGCAAGACAACAUGGUACCCAAGAGAACAAUGGGAUACUUUUGAACCUAUGCUGUUAUCUGAAGGUGCUUUUGCAGCGGGAAUGAUAUUUAGCUUCUUGAAGUUGGUACACAUAUUCAGCGUCAAUCCGCAUUUGGGUCCUCUACAAAUAUCCCUGGGCAGGAUGAUUAUUGACAUUGUAAAGUUCUUCUUUAUUUACACGCUUGUACUAUUUGCCUUCGGUUGCGGUUUGAACCAGCUUCUAUGGUAUUAUGCAGAAUUGGAAAAAAAUAAAUGCUAUCAUUUCCAAAACGGAUUGCCGGACUUCGAAAAUAAUGACAAAGCUUGUACUAUAUGGAGACGAUACGCUAAUUUAUUUGAGACUUCUCAAUCACUGUUUUGGGCAAGUUUCGGAUUGGUUGACCUGAUGUGUUUUGAACUGACUGGAAUCAAAGGCUUUACAAGGUUUUGGGCCUUGUUAAUGUUCGGAUCGUACUCCGUCAUCAAUGUAAUCGUUUUGCUCAAUAUGCUGAUCGCCAUGAUGUCCAAUUCGUACCAAAUAAUUUCCGAAAGAUCUGAUACGGAAUGGAAGUUCGCCAGAAGUCGCUUGUGGAUCAGCUAUUUUGAUGACGGUGAUACUUUACCGGCGCCUUUCAAUAUUAUGCCUCAACCGAAAGUUAUGCUUAGAGCAAUGGGUUGCAAUAAAUCUGACCGAAGUUCUGCCAGCUUUAAGUCAAAGUCUAAAGAAUUUGCUAGAGAAAGAUACGAAUCUGUGAUGAAGUUGCUCGUGCGAAGAUACGUAACUGCGGAGCAGAGAAAGAGGGAUGUCUUUGGUAUUACCGCUGACGAUGUCAUGGAAAUAAGACAGGAUAUAUCUUCUUUACGUUACGAACUCAUAGAUAUUUUGAGAAAAAAUGGAAUGCAGACGCCAACAAUCAGUUUAGAAGAGACACAAAUAUCUGGCAAAAAGGGAAAAGCCAUGGAACGUCGUAUCCUCAAUGACUUCCACAUAGGAAUUAAAGAAGGCCUGGUCAACGAAAUCCAGAUGAACCUGAAAGAACCGAAAAACGUGUUUUCCGAAAUAGCGAGGGCGCUGAAGAAGCGAAGCAGCAUGAAGUCCAGCAAGAAAAAUUGGAACGAACUGGUGAAGAAGAACAAGAGCAAUCCAAUUGGUUCUGCGCAAGAAGCUGAACAGCUGAGGCAAAGGAGACAGAGUUUGAGACAGUACAUCAUGUCUACGGCUAAUAAAGUUGGACCUGUUGAAGAUGAUCAUAAAUUAAUAGAAUACAAUCCAAAAUUAGGAGCUUUGCCUAAAGGUGCCAGGUUAGCCUAUGUCAAAUUUAUGUCGAAGAAAAUAGAAGAAGAAAUUAAAAAUGAAGAGCUUACAUCAGAAGAAGAUAAAUCAAAAGGAUCCACUUCCGUUAUGCCUAAACGGAUUAGUAUCAGCAGCAAGAGCGCCGCGAGUUUGAAAAAAGCUCCCAAGCCGCCAUCUCCAGGCGAAAAUACCGCAUCUGAGGAACCUAAGAGUACACCUGACUCAUCUACUUCUACCACUCAACUACAAACUGAGAAAAAACCAGAAGUAGUAAAACACUCAACUACAACUACCUCUGCUAUAAUACCUGAUACUACAUCAGUUGCUAAAGAAAUUAAACCAGAUCCAACGUCUACUAUAUCUUCUUCUACAUCAUCUACAAUAACUACUACUACAGUUUCAACUGAAAAAACGGAUGCAAUAUGUAAAGAUGUUCCGCCUGUUGCGUCUACAACACCAGCAACAUCAUCAGCUUCUACAGAUCAUUCUUCAAAAGAAAAAAAAGAGCCAGCAAAAACACCCAGUGAAGCAACUUCAAAAUCAUCUACAGUAGCAGAUGUAGAACCUCCACCAGUUCCUAGUAAGCCUAAAAAGAAGCAACCCCAGUACGGAUGGAUUUGAAAAAGAAAACAUAUCUCCUUUUAUUUAAUUGGGAAACAUUUUAAAAAAGAAUUAUUUGAAUACCUAUUAUUAUUUGUAAUAAGUACGUACCUGCAAGAAUAUAUUCCUAUUAGAAAGUAUCGUAGAACAGCAAAUAAAUGCCGUAUUAUCGAAAAAAUAACGGCAUCCAGUUGGCUUGGAAAUGAACACCGAUGAUAUUCCCCAUCUGAUACCGUUUUUUCGAUCAUACGGUAUCUACAUCUUAAGAAUAUUUUUUUCUAAAAUAAUUAUAGAUUUUGACUGUAUAUUAAUUCUUUACAAAUUAAUUAUACUAGUAGUA